UUGCGAGAGGCCGUUUCCCUCCCCAGCCCUUGGCAUCUGCUUUUCAGGACUCAGCCACUCCCAAAGGGAUGGAGAAAGGCAGCUGAGACGCCCCCGAGGCUCCUGCAAACGGCCUCUGUGACUGGCCUCAUCUUACCUAGUUUGGCUUCCUGGGGGUGGGCAUUUCUUCCCAGCCUGCUCUGGAUCCUUUUUAGCAGCGCUACAGACCAAAGGAGAUGGAAGAAAAGGAGCGAUGUGAUAAAUUCCAGCUGGUAUCCUGAUGCUAAGUGGAUUUAAAUCUUAUUUUGCUAUUUUUGGGGAAGGAAAUACCCCAACAGCAACUUUUUAUGGGGUGGCGGAGGAAGGGGGGAGGGAAAAAAUGUUACAGAUUCCUAAGUUAUUUUUGCAAGCAAUCAAUUACUAAACAAACUGAAGCACAAGAGGGUUUGCCAGCUGGAAGCAGGAUUUGCCUAUAAAAGAAGGGAUCAGUGGGCUCUUGUUUUGAUUGCAGAGAGGGGGAGAAACUUCAGACUCCUCUGUUUCUCACUAUCCUCUCACAACUACCCUAUGAAAAAAUGAGUUGCGUGCCAUGGAAAGGUGACAAAACCAAAUUGGAGUCUCCUGAGCCACCACAGCUGGCACCACUGUGUAUUUACCAUGAGAAACAGCGUAGGGAGCUGUGUGCUCUCCAUGCCCUCAAUAAUGUCUUCCAGGACAGCAACGCCUUCACCCGGGAAACACUGCAAGAGAUUUUCCAGAGACUGUCUCCCAACACCAUGGUGACACCGCACAAGAAGAGCAUGUUGGGAAACGGGAACUACGAUGUGAAUGUCAUCAUGGCAGCGCUUCAGACCAAAGGCUAUGAAGCAGUUUGGUGGGACAAGCGCAGGGAUGUUAAUGUCAUUGCCCUCUCAAAUGUGAUGGGCUUCAUCAUGAAUCUGCCCUCCAGCCUCUGCUGGGGUCCCCUGAAGCUCCCCCUUAAACGACAGCACUGGAUCUGCGUCCGGGAGGUGGGAGGCACCUACUACAAUCUUGACUCCAAACUCAAGAUGCCGGAGUGGAUUGGAGGUGAAAGUGAGCUCAGGAAAUUUUUGAAACAUCAGCUGAGAGGAAAGAACUGUGAACUUCUGCUGGUGGUGCCAGAAGAGGUGGAAGCACAUCAGAGCUGGAGAGCUGACAUGUGACCUGGAUAAUGGGUGCCCUAGUUCUUUUCCUCUGGAACUUCCUUUCAUUGGUCUCUUUUUUUUUUUUUCUGUAUGGAUGGUGCAAUAGGACAGUGGCAUAGGGUAUUGUGGGGGCCAGAAUGGAUGAGGAAGGAAGCCAGUCACUUUUUAAUGAGGAGGAGAGGAGAGUGAGCUCUAUGCUUUUAAGCUGAUUACCUUGCAUAGUGCUCUUUAAAAUAGGCUUUGGGGAUAGGGUGUUUGGACCACUCUGCUGAUUCUUUCCCCGUGCCCCAGUAUUUUAAAGACUAAUUGUGGUUGGACACUACUCCCUUCAGACUUAACAAAACUACUUUGGAUGGAAGGGGUCAAGCAUGCUGCCUCCUCUCUGAAACAGUCUCUAUCCCCAAAGCAAACUAUUCUGGAUACAUUUGCAAAUCAUGGGGGACUCUCAGGAAACUGUCGAACACUAGCAAUGGUAUGGUGCUCUGUAAAAUCUCCUGUUUAGUGAGGUUUUGUGCCAAGGGUUAGGGACAACCCAUCUUUAGAGAAACUCUUGGGGUAGGUUGGGGGAUUCUUCUCUAAUGUUAAGGAUUUUGGUAUGCACAUGGCUUAGAUGCUUCUUUGGAUAGGGCAGGCUGAUUAGGGAGUAGAAGUGGUAACAAGUUUAGGCUGGUUCAGAAGCAUCACAUCUGGAGUGAGAGAGGCCACCGGGAGUUUUCGUUAGUGUGAUAUAUAACAUCUUAAUUGUUCCUGUAUGUGCACUUGUUAGUUCAGGAGCUGAUUGCAGAUAAGGGAAUAAAACUGAAGGUGUUUAAGAGGAAGGAGGGAGUCUUUCUCUCUUAUUUUCCUCCUCUAUGGAAGACUAGCCAUGGCCAUGAGAGAGGAAGAAACAGGGUGGAGAAACUCUUCUACAAAUAAACUAGGAGUUACGCAAAGCAAAAUCAAAAAGGCAUUGCAAUUCUAGAUUUCUCUGCCUCCUGUCAUCAUUAGCAGUUACUGGGAGGGAUGUGUACAGGGUUCAUGAGAGAGUCUUCCUGAUGGUAAAGGCAGAUUGUCUAGCAUGGUAGCUGAAUCUAGUACUUUGGUUUUGGCUGACAGACAUUCCUGACUGCUUAAUCACCUCACCCUCCAUUCCCUCCUGCAGAGAAAAGUGACUAAGACAGGGAGACUCCAGUAGGAAUCUUUGUUUUUUUUUUUUCUGUGCCACCAGGUGCUGGGUGUAGUUUAAUCAUUCCUUCCACAGCAGAAAGAGGAAAGGGUGAGUUUGGGAUGAAUUUCACACUACUAUUGACUCUUCCUGGUCAAGCUACGUAACGACUGUUUCUCAUUUCCUAAUGUACAUGCUGUCCUCCCAGUUGUAACAGCAAGUGUAGAACAGUGAUGGAAACCACCUAGGUAAGCAACUGUCUGAAGCUAAACUUACAAACCACCAAAGCCUUCCCUUUGCAACAGAAAACAGAGGCCAUGUGGCAACAGGACAAGAGUGGUGGUGUGGUCAACCCUGGACAUCCUACAGUCACCAUGCUGCAACCUCCUGAUGACACACUGGCAGUGGCUCUUCUGCACGUUCUACAGUCCAAACCCAAUGUGUCUAUUUCUACAAGAGCCCUACUUCCUUCUUACCACCACAUUCCAAUGACCAAAACCAGCUGGCAGAAAUUUUAAACACAUCACAAGCAGGAAUUCUGCUUAUGACUUGAAGCCAUUUUCUAAAAGGGAAGGGGGAAAAAAAUCAACAGCAAAAGAAUUUUCUAUGCUGAUUAAAAUCGCACUUUGGAGAGACCCUGUUUGCAUGGAAGUCGCAAGCCAAUGGAUCAGUGCACAAUAUGCAAAGAUGUUUUAAAAACAUGGUAGGGCUGCCUCCCUAUAUUUGUAUCUAAUGUCACUGCUUCCCCCAGGGAAAGGGUGUGAUCCAGCUGCUCAGGAAAAGGGAAACUGUAUGAUCACAUCCCUGGGGAAUAGUGCUGUAGUGACAGAGGGAGGGGAAACAGACUAAUCCCACUGCUUAGGAGUGGGGAAGCCCGUGUUUGUUUUCUUGCUUGUUUGGUUUUGUUAUAGCCUUGUCUUGGGUUUGUUUACAGAGAUGUAUUUUGUUUAACCAAAUAUUAAAAAUGGAAAAAUCUCCAUAUAAAGCGUCCUGUCACUUCUGUGUGUUCAGCUGAAUUGUUCUGUAACAUGGUAUGUAAAAACAAAAAUAAAUUGUUCUUUGUUAUGAA